AUGAAGUGUGGAGAAAUAGAGCAAGGCAUAAAGAAGACCAGAAGCUUGCCGGCUAAAAUAGCUAUAAUGGUGUGGCCUGAAAACACUUGUUUUGGCACGGGUGACCAUCAGUACACAAUUGUUAUUCAAAAAGUAGGAGAUAAAUACAGAUCUUUCUUGCAUGAUGACACUGAGAAUACCACACAGUGGAGGCAUGGUGGCCCUCCCAACUUCGAUACAGUAAAUCAGCUCUUUGAAGAAGGCCGAACUAAGGAAUGGCCAGAAGGAUCGCUAGAAGUAGUGCAAAAUGCUAUAAAGACAUGGGAUAUGGAAAUCGAACACAAGACUCGCGUACAGGACAGUAUAAGACCAUCAACCCUGACACAUUCAAGCUCAUUGUUAAUGGUGGAUGAAUCUAUGAGGGCAGAAGAUGUAGAAAUUUACUAUGACCCAGCAGAGUUAAUUGGAGGGCUACUGAUCUCACCAUCCCAAUCAGAACCAGAAGACAACACUGUCAACACUGCAACAGCAACACAUGGCUGCCCAUUUUCUAAAAAAAAGUAACUGGACAUGUGAAGACAUUGUGCUACUGCUAGCUAUUGUUUUGUUACUCUUGUUUGUACGAUGAAUCAAUCCACUUGUUUGCUUUUAUUACCAUUUUAUCUA